UCAAGACGUCUGUUGCAACCAACCAAUGACCGCACAUUUGAAAUAUUUAUUAUGUUGAUAAUUUGGAGGAAAGUAUCGUUAUUUGGUGGACUACAGGACUUUGCGGGACGCUAUUUUGUCAUACUAUUUUCUGCUGCCGAAUAAGAGAAAGCUUUGUUGGGCCGGAGUCUAUUUUGUUGUUGGGAGUUAGGAACAAUUGCUGUUCCCCUUCUUACCCUGACAGUCAACGGAUAUUAUACAAUGUGAACAUAGUUCAGUUUGCAGCGUGUUUAUAAUAGACGUGAACAGUAAGCUAAUCGAAAUGCACGAAGAAGCAGACUUAACCGAUUAUAUUUAACAUCCAAGUUAUCUUGCUUUGUUGCUCGCUUGCAACAUUAUACUGUCGCCCUCAGAAACGGACCGUUGACUCAGGUGUAUUCAGGCUAGCUGGCUAGUGAGCUACCGUUUUCUACACAAUGAAAUUAGGCUAGCGACUACACGCAAACAUAUAUGCUAUUAAAAAUAUGUUUAACGAAAUCCAUUUAGAAGUUAGUUACCCUACUUUUUGUACAAUCGAAAAGCAACUAACGUUAACUGAUUAGCUAGCAAGCUAAAUGCUAGGUAAAUACUGUAUCUGUCAAUUAAAUACACUAGCUAGCUAGCUGGCUUGUUCGCAUUGGACGGGUGGCUAUCUGAAGCCUUUACUUGACAAUGUCUUUUUUUAAUUUUCGCAAAAUAUUUAAGUUGGGAGCAGAAAAGAAGAAAAAACAAUAUGAGCAUGUUCAUAGAGACGUGGAUCCGGAGGAGUUCUGGGAGAUUAUUGGUGAACUGGGAGACGGCGCCUUUGGAAAAGUGUACAAGGCUCAGAACAAGCAGUCGGGGAUCCUGGCCGCCGCCAAGGUCAUCGACACCAAGUCCGAGGAGGAGCUGGAGGACUACAUGGUGGAGAUCGACAUCCUGGCGUCCUGCGACCACCACAACAUCGUCAAGCUCCUCGACGCCUUCUACUACGAAAACAAGCUGUGGAUCCUGAUCGAGUUCUGCGCUGGGGGAGCCGUCGAUGCCGUGAUGCUGGAGCUGGAGAGGCCCCUGACGGAGCCCCAGAUCCGGGUGGUGUGCAGACAGUGCCUGGAGGCCCUGCUCUACCUGCACGCCAGUAAGAUCAUCCACCGGGACCUGAAGGCAGGGAACAUCCUGCUCACCUUGGAGGGAGACGUCAAGCUGGCUGACUUUGGCGUAUCGGCUAAAAAUACAAAAACCCUACAGAGAAGAGACUCUUUUAUUGGCACUCCAUACUGGAUGGCUCCAGAAGUGGUGAUGUGCGAGACCUCCAAGGACCGGCCCUACGACUACAAAGCGGAUAUCUGGUCCCUGGGCGUCACUCUAAUUGAGCUGGCACAGAUUGAGCCCCCCAACCACGAGAUGAAUCCCAUGAGGGUCCUUCUGAAAAUAGCCAAGUCUGACCCGCCCACCCUGAUGCAGCCAAAACGAUGGUCGCGGGAGUUUAACGAUUUCCUUCGGAGAGCCCUGGACAAGAACGUGGACAACAGAUGGAGCACCGCACAGCUGCUUCAGCACCCCUUUGUCACGAGCGUCACUGAUAACAGACCUCUUCGAGAGCUGAUCGCAGAGGCUAAGGCCGAGGUCACCGAGGAGAUUGAGGAAGGCAAAGAAGAAGAGGAAGAAGAAGAACCAGAUCCACAGCUGCUGGUCUCCGGACACAAGCGAGCUCUGUCGGAUGGCAGCUUUGCGAGCUCUGAGGAUGAUAAGCUCUCGCAAUCGGCCUCCAUUUUGGAGUCGGUGUCGGAGAGGGCGGAGCUCGAGAGCGCGGAGGACAGGGCCAGCGACAAGCUCUCGGACGAGGGCAUCGGCACCAGCGAGGCGGACAGAACGGAGGCCGACAAGCUCAACGAGGCCAACGUCUCCGAGGCCGUCGCCGAAGAGGCGGCCGACGAAGACGCGGGCGACGAAGACGCGGGCGACGAAGACGCCAGCGACCGAGUCGAACCUCUGGCCGGACCAGAGGAACCUGUGAGUGAUGAGGAUAAACUGGUGGACACUCCAGAGAAUGGGCCAAGCAAGCUUGACACCAGGGUGGAAGUAGAGGAGGAGGAGAAAGAGGAUGAGGAAGCAGAAGAAACUCCAGACACGCAAGCGGAGGUUGAAGUGGAGGACACUCCGCCAGAGGAGGCGGAAAGCACGCCCGACAGAGUUUCAGACGAGCUCGGACCAGGGCAGGCCCCCUGCGUUACAGAUGUAGAGGAGCAGAGUGCUGAACUCCCUCCCCUGGGAGACCAAACUCAGGCCACAGAUGCUGAGAUUGUGGAGCUCAAGGAGUUGGAGGAGGAGGAGAAGGAGGAGGAGGAGGAGAAGGAGCAGGUUGAGACGGGAGCAGAGGAGCCUACGGAGGGGUACGUCGAGGAGAAGGAGGUGGACUCGGCUCAGGAAGAGGACGCAGCUCAGGGAGAAGCUGUGGCUGAAGAGCCCGUAGAGGAGGUGCCGAAAGACGGAAGCGAGGGAGACGCGGUCGUCCCCCCUCCCAGCGAGGAGGCCGAGGCAAUCAAGGAGGUCAAGGAGGCCCCGGAGGAGGUGAGGCCAGCAUCUCCGACCCCUGCCGAACAGGAGGCGGAGGCAGAGACGACCGAGGAGAGGGAAGAAUGUGAAGGUCCGGCCGCCGAUCCAGAGAAGGAGCCGGAGAAGGAGCCGGACGUGGAGAAAACGAAAGAGGCAGAGAAGGAUUCCGACUCUGGGAGCAGCUCUGCGCCCGACACCAACAGCAUGGACCUGAACCUCUCCAUCUCCAGCUUCCUCAGCAAGACCAAGGAGCCGGGCUCCGUCUCUGCUCAGGACUUACGCAGGAAACAGAAGAAGACCCUGAAAAAGACCCGUAAAUUCAUUGUGGACGGAGUGGAGGUCAGCGUCACCACGUCCAAGAUCAUCACAGAUAGUGACACCAGAAGCGAAGAACGGAGGUUCUUUAGGCGCCAGGAGCUGCGGGAGCUGCGGCUGCUGCAGAAGGAGGAGCAACGGGCGCAACAGCAGCUUAGCAACAAGCUGCAGCAGCAGCGCGAGCAGAUGUUCCGCCGCUUCGAGCAGGAGACCACGAGUAAGAAGCGGCAGUACGACCAGGAGGUGGAGAACCUGGAGCGGCAGCAGAAGCAGACCAUCGAGCGCCUGGAGCAGGAGCACACCAGCCGCCUGCGUGAGGAGGCCAAGCGCAUCAAGGCCGAGCAGGACAAGGAGCUGUCCAAGUUCCAGAACAUGCUGAAGAACCGCCGGAAAGAGGGCGUGGCCCAGGUUAUGAUACAGUCUUUUCAGUUGUCUUCGUGUACGCUGUUCAACGCUCAGAUGCAGGACGAGCAGGAGUUUCUGCAGAAGCAGCAGCAGGACCUGGACAGCGCUCUGAAGAAGAUCAUUCAGCAGCACAAGCAGGAGCUGGUGACCAUCGAGCGGGACUGCCUCAACCACAAACAGCAGCUCCUCAGAGCCCGUGAGGCAGCCAUGUGGGAACUGGAAGAGCGCCACCUGCAGGAGAAACACCAACUUCUCAAGCAGCAGCUGAAGGACCAGUACUUCAUGCAGAGGCACCAGCUUCUCAAGAGGCACGAGAAGGAAAUGGAGCAGAUGCAGCGGUAUAACCAGAGGAUGAUUGAGGAGAUGAAGAGCAGGCAGACACAGGAGAGAGGCAGGCUGCCCAAGAUCCAGCGCAGCGAUGCCAAGACCCGCAUGGCCAUGUUCAAGAAGAGCCUGCGCAUCACGUCCUCUGGAGACACGCCCGAGCAGGAGAGGGAGAAGAUCAAACAGUUCGCUGCGCAAGAGGAGAAGCGUCAGAAGAACGAGAGGCUCCAUCAGCAUCAGAAACAUGAGAACCAGAUGAGAGACCUGCAGCUGCAGUGUGACGCCAACAUCAGGGAGCUACAGCAGCUACAGAACGAGAAGUGCCACGUGCUGAUCGAGCACGAGACGCAGAAGCUGAAGGAGCUGGACGAGGAGCACAGCCAGGAGCUGAAGGGGUGGAGGGAGAAGCUGCGGCCCAGGAAGAAGGCUCUGGAGGAGGAGUUUGCGCGGAAGAUGCAGGAACAGGAAGUGUUUUUCAGGAUGAGCGGAGAGUCAGAAUGCCUUAACCCCUCCGCCCAAAGCCGCAUCUCCAAAUUCUACCCCAUCCCCAGUGUGCACUCCACAGGGUUCUAAUCCCCCCCCCCCCCCCCCCCCGUGUGCACUCCACAGGGUUCUAACCACGCCCUAGUGUGCACUCCAUAGGGUUCUAACCCCGCCCCCAGUGUGCACUCCACAGGGUUCUAACCCCGCCCCAGUGUGCACUCCACAGGGAUCUAACCCCCGCCCCCUCCCCCAGUGUGCACUCCACAGGGUUCUAACCCCGCCCCAGUGUGCACUCCACAGGGUUCUAACCCCUCCCCAGUGUGCACUCCAUAAGGUUCUAACCCCGCCCACAGGGUUCUAACCCUGCCCCCAGUGUAGACUCUACAGCAGAACCACUCAACUCCACGUCCUGCAGGUCGCAGUGUCUGCAGGCAUUUACCAUGAUUUCACUAAUCAGCUCCAUCCUGAUUUUACUAAUUAUUUUACCUGCUUGGUUCACAUAAUAAGCUAAUUUGUGAAAUCAGGUGGUGUAGCACACGCUUGAAGCAAAUGCCAGUAGACACUGCGGCCCACAGGAAAUGGAGUUGAGUGGUUCUGCUCUACAGGGUUCUAACCCCGCUCUGUGUUCUAACCCUGACCCCAGUGUACACUUCAUAGGGUUCUAACCCCGCCCCGCACCUACUGCAUGCACAAGCACACAGGUGGUCCUGCACAGGUGGGAGGGACAGAGCUGACAUCAGCGCUCCUACGUGCAUUUUUUCCACUGAUGACAAUCAGGACCACCCGGGAAUCACACCUGGUGGAACAGGAUGAUCAUGUGCAGAGAUAAAGACUGCUCAGCACAGAAAUUUGUGUAUUUCCUGUUCUGUCUUCCUAUUGUUAUUUCUGUUUAAUAAUCACCUCUGUAAUGUAGUGUUCUGAGGGAUUUGUACUGUCAGUUCUAAGGUAUUAUUUACAGCAUCAGUGUGUGGGCAUUAUCUUUCCUGAUUUAGCUUGCAAAAUAGCUCAGGCAGAUUACUGUUAUGAGCAUUGCAAGUACAAUAUUUAAUUCCUAGAUUAAAAAACCAGUGCCUGACUAAUUUGAUAUCUGGUCGGGUUUUUUAUUCAAACUAAACACAGCAGUUGCUGAUACCACGCCCAACACUGCCUGCACUUCAGGCAGCAGUUGUACAAACACAAAUAAAUGCAGUUUAAAUUUAAAUUAAAAAAUGGUGGCUGAAUGAAAUCAUGAUCUAUUUAAUAACACAACAGAAUGUACUUGUUAGUGUUCUACAAAGUGCACAAAAAAUAUCCCUCAAGGACAAUGGAUAACGUUUUCAGACUGUGAACAAGGGCAAGUCCACAGCUGCUUGUAGUUGAAUGGCUUGUCUCUCAACAAUCUGAUGCAUUACAAUGAACAUCUCGUUUGUGUUAGUACUUACUACUGUGGCGGGUAUUCAGUCCUCUUAAUGAUGGUCUCUCAUUCUUAAAGCAUGGAAGUAACAUGCCUUGUUUCUUUAGUUUAACUGAGAAACCGGAGUUCAUUGAAAUUGUUCAGUUAAACGUGCGGUGUCUUGAGCGUGGUGGAGUUCGUAAUGGGACGGUAAUGAGAGUACCGUACGUAUGUGGCCUAUUCGUGACACAGGACACCCACCCCAGUGAGGUCCCAACCUUUUCGUAAGUUCUUGAAGCUAGCUCUCUGGUUUCACAUUUCACGAAGGAGGACAAUUGUAAGUAACCUGUACAAAAAUUUCGUUUUUAAAUGUGAUUUAUUUUUUCUCUGUAAUUUUUCCUAACUGUCCUUUUACAUUUCCAUACCAAAUACACACUCAAUCACAGGCAUGGGGGGUUGCAUGUUUAUUUUAUUUUUAGUUUUAAGAAAGAGCAAUUAUGUUAUUUUGUUAACACAUUAGUUUUUCUAAAGAUGAUGCAUAAAAUGGCAUCCGUGCAACAUUUUGUUCUUUCCACUUGAUAUUCACAUAUCAUACACAAAUGAGUGAUUGUUCUUAUUCCAUCGGGAGUCAAGUCGGAUGGUUAGUUUUCACAUUUUAAAAGACUUCCACUGACUUCACAGAUACAUAUCAUUUAUAUAACGAAACUGCUCUUUACAUGUUUAUUUGUGUUCACGUUAAAUGAAUGGUCUAAACAACCAAUGAACGGAUUUAUUUGAAUCUAUGGGCGUUUUGUCAUAGAGGGAAGCCAUGCUGGUCUUGUGGUUUAUUUUGAUAGAUGGUUCCUGGCAGCAACAAUAAAUGUGUAAUUAAUUUAUUGUCUGCGUUCGCAAAAGAUUGUACAUGAAGGAUUCCUAUUGCUGUUCAUACUAUGAAAUUCAUGGCUGCAGGGUCUUUGCUGGGAUUGUGUAUAUGUAUGUUUUUUCUAGUUCAUCUCAUUACAAUGACGAGUGGAGACGUGUUUGUGGGCAUUGCUUACGAUGGAUCUCCACUGGGAGAGAUAGCUGUUUCUACAUUAUGGUAAAUGUUGUUUGGGAUACCUUAUCAUUUUCCUCAUUCAGACUUGGAAGGUCAUUGAAUUUUAACGUUUAAAGGUUAAAAAGUGUAAAAUGUGGAUCAUAUGCAACUUAUUGAUUGUGUAAUCUAUUUUAAAAUGUUCCUGUUGAUUUGCAUUAUGCCGUAAAUAAAACAUUUACUGUAAUACAAAAAUGGAAAA